CAGGUGCUUGAAACAUGACUCCUGCUGUCUUCCUGGCCAUCCUGUGCUUGGCAGUUACCUCAGCUGCUGAAUCCUCUGAGCCCAUCCUGGAUGCAGAACAUGAAGACCAGCCAAUAAAAAAUGAGCAGGAUAGAGAAGGAUACAGAAGGCAGAUAUGGGAGGAAUUUAUGAAGAAGGUUGAACUCUACUAUAAGAAGAAUGCCCAAAAGAAUGACAGCCUCAACACAGAAAUGGAAGACAUUGAUGAUUUUGAAAAUGACCAGAAUACUGAUAGCUUCAACAUAGAAAUGGAAGACUUUAAUGACUUGACUGAUGCUGAGUUCAAGAAUUUGAUGGAUAAAAUUUUGUUCCCAAUGUUUGGAGAGGAGGAAAAAGACCAGCCAGCUGGUGAUGACGACCCUAAACUUGAGGAUUUGUCAAGGAGCGAUGACGUGACUCCUGUACAGGAUUAGCAGAGGCAACACGGAUGGCAACAUAAAGUUAGCCAAGGAGUGAAGCAACCACUGUACCUUUGUCUCAGAGACUUCUGCCCCAAGAUGUGAGAUGCAUGAUGGUGAAAAGAAGGUCUGAACUGGGGGAGGGGAGCCGAAACAGCAAGGAGCCUCCCCAUCACAGGAUCCAACACUCAAAUCCCCUAAGAGCCACACUGUGGUGUGAACUCCAAGGCAUGUUCACCCUAAAGCAAAGCAAAGCAAAACAAAACAAGACAAAAAAAACCCUACAAAGCC